AUGGAGUCGCCAAAAAUAGGAUUCGAAGUCCUGGAGGAUCACGAUGUAAUCGGCACUGAUUCGUCUGGCCUGCAACCUUUACCGCCUAGCAAGAUCCAAAAGAUUCGAGCCUGGCUGAAACCUACAGAAUUUGCAGCUGAUUCCAGCGAGUACAAUCGGCAUUUGGCAUCUUAUGUCUUGGGAACUGAUUCAUGGACAUCCGAGCAUCGAUAUCAACAAUGGCAAAAAGAUCCAGCUUGUGGUGCUUUAUGGAUUAAAGCGGUACCAGGUGCUGGGAAAUCAGUCGUCGCUGCACGUAUCAUCGCCUGCAAAGCUGAAGAGUCGAACGGAAUUGCCCUGUUUUUCUUCUUCCGGCAGAUAAUCAGCCGAAACCGUACGCCAACAGAUUUGCUACGAGAUUGGCUGGCACAACUUCUAGAUCGCAGCCCCCACCUCCAAAACCAACUUAUUGUAUACCUUGACCAGCAUCGAGACUUUAAAAGCGUAGCAUUCGAUGAGCUCUGGCAGAAGUUGGCUAAGAGCUUAUGUUUCCUGCCUAACGUUCUUUGCGUGGCGGAUGCGCUUGACGAAAUGAGCCAUGGCACCAAUGGGAAUGACAACUUCAUUAGCACUCUUGCCGAGCUAGGGCGGUUGAAACCUUCCAUCGUAAAGGUUCUAAUGACGAGCCGGCCAGUUCCUCGUAUUGAGAAAGUCAUUAAGGCAACUUCGGCAGCUCAGCUCACGCUUACUUCAGAGAUCGCAUUGCCUGCGAUAGGCAGAUAUAUUGAGCAUCGACUAGCUAGCCGACCAUCUUCACAGAAAAAUCUUGCUCUCAUAAAGCUCGAACUUCUCAGGAAAUCUGACGGGCUAUUUCUGUAUGUCAAGCUCAUGACGGACAAGCUCCUCGAUCGGAUAUAUUCAAAUGAUGACGAGAUCCUGAUGGCAAAUGUGGAGAGCUUACCGAACGGCCUCUCUGAUAUGUAUACAGCUAUGCUCCAUGAGCACUCGUCUCGAUCCAAAGUGCCCCAAAGGUUGCAGAUUGCAAUUCUCCGUUGGGUCACACACUCGGCAAGACCGCUCCGAGUGCUUGAAUUGGCUAAUAUUGUGGACUCGCUGACGACGAAUGAGCUACUAGAAGACGUGCCAGAGCUGCGUGCUCUGUAUCCCAAUACAAAAGCUAUGAUACGGGCGGCAUGCGGACCACUCAUCGAAAUACUUGAGGACGAGACUGUCUCAAUCAUCCAUCAUUCCCUGACCGAGUACGUUGUCGACUCUUGUCGGAAUGAUAGCACCUCUAUCGGUCAGAUAUCUGGCGGUUUCCCGAUCAUCGACUCUGCCAAUAGCCACAUAGAGAUAGCAAUCACCUGCCUGCAGUACCUUAUUAACACCUUUGUAGAAGAGCUGAAGUACGAGAUUCCACAAUCAUGGUAUUCUUCUUCAGGGAUUACCUCCUUGUAUGCCAAAUAUCCACUUUUGAAAUAUGCACGUCUGUAUUGGUCACACCACGCCCAUCGCAGUGUCGGUGCAGACUCGAUGCUUUUCGAUUUACUCGAUGGUUUCAUGGAUCCAAAGCGUACAUAUCUCAAAGCAUGGCGCUAUCUCGAAUGUCCAGAAGUCGACUAUGAUGACGAUGAGGAUUACGAAAAGUUUCAUGAUAAUCAAAGCCACGCACUGCACAUCGCAGCUCAAUUUGGCUUGGCAUCCUACACUGAGUAUCUUCUUGCUCUGGAACAAGAUCUCAACGCCAUCAAUGGCACUUAUGAAAAUACGCCAAUGCAUCUAGCAGCCGAGUAUGGCCACGUUGACGUGGUGAAGGCCCUUUUACAGCGCGGUGCCUUGGUGAAUACUGGGAACUACAAGGGACUAAAGCCGCUUCAUUUGGCUGCAAUUGGCAACCAUGUGGAUGUUAUUAGGGCUCUAUUGGAUGCUGGAGUCGAUCCUAUGACCCCUAAAACAAAAGAAAACCCACGAGGCCGCUAUAUAGGUUUCAUGCCUCGGUCGACAAUUGGGGAGAGUCCGGUCCAACUUACUUGUAGAUAUGGUCAUAAAAGGUCGGCACUGGUAUUUGCAUCUUAUCUAAAAACACAGGAUCUGCUGAAAGUGGCUCACUGGGCUGCCAAUGAAGGCCGGUGCGAAGUUGUGCUAGCAAUGCUCGAAACCUACGGAGACAUGAUUGACGUUGAUAAAUUGGUAAGCGGCAAGGUUUUCGCAGGCGCUGAUGUGAACGCAAAAAAUCAUAAUGGGAACACGCCGUUACAUCUUAUGACUUGCUGCCCUGCUGAUUUAAUAUCGCACUUUCGAGAUGCUGGAGCAGAUAUGGAAACUAGGAAUGCUGAAGGAAAGACCGUGCUCAUGACGCUAGAUUGGAGUACCCCUCCGAGACCCAACCUAAUCUUAUUGGACGCAUUGAUGGCAGCCGGCUCCAGGGCCGAUUCGCGUGAUUUCAUGGGCAGAACUGUUCUACAUCAUGUGUGUAGUCAAGAGCAUUCUCUUCCAGGACUAAUCGUGCGCCUGGUGGCACUCGGCGCCGAUCCUCAUGCUGUAGACUUUUCCGGCAACAAUUUAUUUCACUACUUGGCACGCCAUAAAAAGCGGACUGUCGAUGACGGGCGAGAGCACCUUAUUGAUCUGGCAUUGAAACUAGGUGUAGAUCCAAAUGCUCGUAACCAUAGAGGACAAAUUCCACUCCACAUGGUUGUGGGGAACUUGUUCCAGUUUGACGAAGACACCAUUGACUUUUUCCUCGGCCAGAGGUCAUUGUCCAACAUCAAUACUACAGAUGUUCAUGGUAUCAGCCCACUUCAUCUUGCCGCCACGAUUAGUGAAUCGCGGAUCCAAAAAUUACUGAUGCUAGGAGCUGACCCUGUGUUGUUAACGGCAGAUGGUCAGUCGCUCCUGCAUAUCGCCUCUAGAGCGAGGAAGAGCAAUGUUGUGGGUCUCAUUACCGACAUUUUUGGUACAAAAAACUCAGCACUGAUCGAUCACGUGGAUCGAGAUGGCCGCACUGCUCUUCACCACGCCUGCCGGUCAGGCCGUGCUGAGACUGUGAGAAUUCUUCUAGAAGCUGGCGCUGAUCCCAACAAGAAAGACAAGAGAGCAGAAACUCCGCUCAUCGCAUGUACUGAGAUUCAGGAAGAAGCUCGUUUAUGGGGUCCAAGAGCAACUACGAAUUUCGGCUCAGAUAUUACGCAGCCUGUAGGCAUCUGCUUGUCUGAGAUUCAAAGACCGCAUGAGAGACGACCCCGUGAUUGGCAAUCUAAGUCAUUUGGUGAAAGACUCGUUAAAGAGGCUGAUAGUGUUGGUGUUCGACCGAUUUUGAGGCUACUCCUGGCUUUCGGUGCAAAGAUUGCUGCGCCAGUUCAAGCACAGAAAACAUACGGUCCGAAUCUAUCGGUAAUCUCACUCGACCGCAAGAGACCUCUCGACCUUGCGAGUGAAAGAGAUUGCGACGUACUAAUACAUGAGCUACUGUACAAAGGGGGACGUGAAAUGACCCCAAAGAUGCGUGCCGACUUGAAGAAACCCGAGACUGUUCUUCAAGAUUCUCUACACAAGUUUCGGCUGGAGUACACACCUAAUCGACUGAUGAAUAGUAGUCAAUUGCUUGAAGGGAGUCUGAAAGAGCCGUUAUUGAGCUCAAGGCAAGAAGAUGAUGACUUGCAGCUCUUUUAUCAUCUGCUUCGUACUGAGAAUGAAGACGGGCUGCUGAAAAUGCAAGAAAUAUUGGGGACACUAACAGCCACGGUCUAUCCUCAUGGGGCGCUUAUGACUUUGAUCAAAUUCGGAUACUCACACAUAUUGUCAUUGAUUGGUCCUCAAUACGUUGAAAUUGCUCCGCUUAUUCCAACCACACACGACAAAAAUGAGAGUGCCUCACCUCUUCACGUAGCUUGUGAACGAGAUCUCCCAAAUCUAGAUAUAAUCAGAGUCCUAGUGGAGGAGAAGACCUUUGAUGUCAACGGGAAGAGUGGCAAAACAUACAGCUUUCCAGCCGGCUCAACCGCUCUGCACGUCCUCGCCAUGUCUUCCAACUGGUGGAGUGUCCAAGGGAUUACCUAUUUAGGAUCACAUGGAGCGAAUCUCGACCUUCAAGAUGCGCUUGGAAGGACACCUUUGCUCGUAGCAUCUGGGAAUGGUGUCACAAGGAACGUUGAAAUUCUGCUUCAAUGCGGCGCUGACCCGAAUGUUCUGACUAAUGAUGGUCAAACAAGUUUGAGCAAGGCAGACUCUCUCGACAUAUGCCGACUUUUGCUGAGAUAUGGUGCCAGUACUAGCGUCGGAGAAUUCCCAUUUAUAUUCAAUGCUAUACAUCAUCUGGAUUGUGAUAUUGUUGCAGAUAUUCUUAGGUCAGGGGCUGAUCCAAACGUUGCAAUUCCUUUCAAGAAAACACAAACAUGGGAUAAAUACGGGACUUCGAAUCCGCUCUACUUUGGAGAUAUCCAGGACCGUUGCGAUGAGCUUGUUGAUAUAUAUCCAAUUCAUCAAGCAGCAAGUCGAACCAACAACAACCCAGAGACACGGGCAAAGAUUAUCCCUAUCAUUAAGCUAUUACUGCAGCAUGGCGCCGAUCCAAAGAAAGAAAUUAGUCACGGUCAAACCAUCAUUCAUGCCUUGUGCGAACACGAAGGGAUUUUGGAGCCAUUCCUGCUGGAUAAAAGCAUGGAUCUCGAGCUUCGAAAUACUACAGGCAAUACCCUCCUUCUUGCAGCAUGUCUCCACAGAGAGCAGAACACCACGUUUGGGACUAUGGAGAAGAGACUCGAGCUCUUGAACACGCUGCCCUCGUUAGUCCAAGUCUUAAUUGAUGCAGGCGCGGACAUUACUGCAUCAAAUAGCAAGAAAGAAAACGCUCUCCAUUGCUUAUUCAACCGACGGCGCUAUUAUUAUCUUCCAAGUGAGGCGCUCCACAAGAAAGACUUCGAAGCAGUGAUCAGCGAUCCAUUUGCCGUGCAACUGAUCGCACAAAAAGACGCCGAUGGGCUCACCCCGCUCCUGCACGCAAUCAAACAUCGUUGCCUUUCUUUUCUAGAUGACUUAAUCGAGAAAGGAGCAGAUCCGCUGGCCACAGAUUAUGCUGGUAAUAAUGCCUUGCAUUAUCUAGCUAAGUACUUGAGAGAGAAAGGCUAUGGGGAAGAGUAUAACAACGAAGCCAAGGCUGUCUUCCACCAAUUUCUUGACCUGGGCAACGACAUCAACUCUUGCAACAAUAGCGGCCGCACGCCCCUUUUCAUCGCCCUCGAGAACACUUUACUGACAGCCUCUGACCUCACCUUCUUUGUGGACGCUGGUGCGGAUGUCAAGAUAGCAAAUGGCGUUGGGCAAAACUUGUUGCAUGUGGUAGCAAGUAAGAGACCAGAGCCUAAUCAUCAAGAUGUGGAGAUACAAAAGGCGGGUGUGGAUAUGUGGAGACUGCUGGUCGACAAGGGACUGGAUCCUGCGGAUGAGGAUCACAUGCAGAGAACACCAUGGGAUUUGGCUGUUGCGUCAGAAAAUUCACCAAUUCUGAGUUUGGCGAAGGUGAAGGGAUAG